CGUGGGCAUGUGCGGAGACGGGGCCAACGACUGUGGGGCGCUGAAAGUCGCCCACGCUGGGAUCUCCCUGUCUGAGCAGGAGGCCUCCGUGGCCUCUCCCUUCACCUCCCGGAUCCCCAACGUGGAGUGUGUGCCGGAACUGAUCAGGCAAGGCCGGGCAGCGCUGGUGACCUCCUUCUGCAUGUUCAAGUACAUGGCCCUCUACAGCAUCAUCCAGUACCUGGGGAUUCUGCUGCUCUACUGGCAACUCAGCACCUUUGGGAACUACCAGUUUUUGUUCCAGGACCUGGCAAUCACCACCCUCAUUGGCAUGACCAUGAGUUUGAAAUACCAUCCCAAACUGGUCCCCUUCCGUCCUGCGGCCCGGCUCACCUCCCCGCCUUUGCUGCUCUCCGUGGUGCUGAACAUCCUCUUCAGCCUGGCCCUGCAGAUCUGUGGCUUUGUGCUGGUGCAGCAGCAGCCGUGGUACUCCGUGGACAACAUGCUCAGCGCCUGCGCUCCCGGGAACGCAAGCCACGUGCUGGGACACCCGGACUCUGCCGGCCAGCCGCAGGGGAUGAACGAGACCAGAAGUGGGCCGGGUGGGGAGGAAGACAGCAGCUACCAGAGCUACGAGAACACCAGCGUGUGGCUCUUGAGCACCAUCAACUGCCUCCUGGUGGCCGUGGUCUUCUCCAAGGGGACGCCCUUCAGACAGCCUGUGUAUAAAAACUAUGUGUUCGUCCUGGUGUUGGUCAUUCAGCUGGCCGUCUGCCUCUUCCUCCUCUUUGCGAGCUUGGAUGAUCUCUAUGCCCGGAUGGAGCUGGUGUGCACCCCCCUGGCUUGGAGGAUCGCGCUGCUGGUCAUGCUGAUGAUCACCUUCGCCGUCUCCUCCACUGUGGAGGAGGUGGUCAUCGAGAACCGGGCCCUGUGGAGCUACCUGAAGAGAAGCCUCGGCUACCAGUCCAGGAGCUCGUACCAGAGGCUGAGGAGGGCCGUGGAGAGGGACCCGGCGUGGCCCCCCCUGGGCAAGAUGGACUUCGCUGAGUCUGUGGCCCUCCCCCUGGGCGGCUACGCCAACCCCGCCUUUGAGGGUCACGAGGAGGCACGCUCCGGACUUCAACCCUGAGGCCAGCUCGCCACGGCCCGGCCUGACUUUCUCUUCUUCCCGCCAGCAGAAGGAAGGGGACGUGCGAGCGGCAACACCCUGCCACAGGCAGCCCAGUGGUCGGACGGGGGGGCUAGGCCAGGGGAUGUCGGGGUUGAGCUCCCCACUGGCCCCGAAGCCAGCCACUCUUUCACAGCUGAACCUACCCUACAGGGCUGUUGUGAGGGUAAAACAGAGCAGGGGAGAGUUGUGUAUGCUGUGCUAAGCUUCUUGAGGGAUGGGUGGGGUAGGAAUGCAAGAAACCUCAACCCCCACCCAUCGUCUCAAGCCCUGCUGGUGCAGCCGUGGACUGCAGGGGGCAGCAUCCCUUCAUGUUCUGAUCCAGGACUAGCUCUGUUGUUGCUUCUGCUGCUUUCUGACCACUUACCUAUAG